UCCACAGCUGUCUGCGCUGCAGCCCGAGAGGCCCUCGGGGAGCCCGGCCUGUUGGUGACUGCAAGCCCUGGAUUUCAAUCAAUGCAUUCCAGUAACCCAAAAGCGAGGAACUCUCCAUCAGGAAACACACAGAGUAGCCCUAAGUCAAAGCAGGAGGUGAUGGUUCGUCCCCCCACAGUGAUGUCCCCAUCUGGAAACCCCCAGCUGGAUUCCAAAUUCUCCAAUCAGGGUAAACAGGGGGGCUCAGCCAGCCAAUCCCAGCCAUCCCCCUGUGACUCCAAGAGUGGGGGCCACACCCCUAAAGCACUCCCUGGCCCAGGUGGGAGCAUGGGGCUGAAGAAUGGGGCUGGAAAUGGUGCCAAGGGCAAGGGGAAAAGGGAGCGAAGUAUUUCCGCCGACUCCUUUGAUCAGAGAGACCCCGGGACUCCAAACGAUGACUCUGACAUUAAAGAAUGUAAUUCUGCUGACCACAUCAAGGCCCAGGAGUCUCAGCACACAUCACACUCAAUGACCCCAUCAAAUGCUCCGGCCCCCAGGUCUUCCACCCCUUCCCAUGGCCAGACUACUGCCCCCGAGCCCACCCCUGCCCAGAAGACCCCCGCCAAAGUGGUCUAUGUGUUUUCUACUGAAAUGGCCAAUAAAGCUGCAGAAGCUGUGUUGAAGGGCCAGGUUGAAACUAUUGUCUCUUUCCACAUCCAGAACAUCUCCAACAGCAAGACAGAGAGAAGCACAGCCCCUCUGAACACACAGAUACCCUCUACCCUUCGGAACGAUGCGAAACCUCUCCCACAGCAGCCCCCAGGGCCCGUCAGUCAGGACCAGAAUUCUUCCCAGAAUGCCAGGCUACAGCCAACGCCACCCAUUCCGACACCAGCACCCAAGCCUGCCGUGCCCCCGCGCCCCCUGGACUGUGAGAGUCCUGUUGGGGAGAACAAGCUGAUCCCUUCUGCUGGCAGUCCUGCCAGCUCUACACCACUGCCCCCAGAUGCCACCGGGCCAAACUCCACACCCAAUAACCGAGCAGUCACCCCUGUCUCCCAGGGAAGCAAUAGCUCUUCAGCGGAUCCCAAAGCACCCCCACCUCCACCCGUGUCCAGUGGGGACCCCCCCACACUGGGAGAGAACCCAGAUGGACUCUCUCAGGAGCAGCUGGAGCACCGGGAGCGUUCCCUCCAGACGCUCAGAGAUAUCCAACGGAUGCUUUUCCCUGAUGAGAAAGAACUCACAGGUGGACAGAGCGGAGGUCCCCAGCAGAAUGCUGGGGUGUUAGAUGGACCUCAGAAAAAGCCAGAAGGGCCAAUCCAGGCCAUGAUGGCACAAUCCCAAAGCCUAGGUAAAGGACCUGGGCCCCGGACAGACGUGGGCGCCCCAUUCGGCCCUCAAGGACAUCGGGAUGUGCCCUUCUCUCCAGAGGAGAUGGUGCCACCCCCUAUGAAUGCCCAGGCCGGGCCCAUAGGCCCUGACCAUCUGGAUCACAUGACCCCCGAGCAAAUUGCCUGGCUGAAGCUGCAGCAGGAGUUUUACGAGGAGAAGCGGAGGAAGCAGGAGCAGGUGGUAGUACAACAGUGCUCCCUGCAGGACAUGAUGGUCCACCAGCACGGGCCUCGUGGUGUGGUCCGGGGGCCACCCCCACCCUACCAGAUGACCCCUGGUGAAGGCUGGGGCCCAGGGGGUGCAGAACCCUUUGCUGAUGGGCUCAACAUGCCGCAUUCCCUGCCCCCCAGGGGCAUGGCGCCCCACCCCAACAUGCCAGCCAGCCAGAUGCGCCUCCCUGGGUUUGCGGGCAUGAUGAACUCAGAGAUGGAGGGCCCGGCUGUCCCCAACCCUGCCUCCAGACCUGGUCUGUCCGGAGUUAGUUGGCCAGAUGACGUGCCAAAAAUCCCAGACGGUCGAAACUUCGCUGCUGGUGGCCAGGGCGUGUUCAGUGGGCCUGGCCGAGGAGAGCGCUUCCCCAACCCACAGGGGCUGUCAGAGGAGCUUUUUCAGCAGCAGCUGGCAGAGAAGCAGCUGGGUCUGCCCCCCGGCAUGAGCAUGGAGGGCAUCCGGCCUGGCCUAGAGAUGAACAGAAUGCUGCAGCCUGGUGCCCAGCGGCAUCUGGAGCCCAGCAACAACCCCAUUUUCCCCCGGAUACCAGUUGAGGGCCCUCUGAGCCCUACGAGGGGCGACUUCCCCAAAGGAAUGCCCCCACAGAUGGGCCCCAGCCGGGAGCUGGAGUUUGGGAUGGUCCCUGGUGGGCUGAAGGGUGACGUGGGUCUGAACAUCAGCAUGGGCUCCAACUCUCAGAUGAUACCUCAGAAGUUGAGAGAGGCCACGGCCGGCCCCGAGGAGAUGAUGAAGCUGCGCCCAGGUGGCACCGACCUGCUGCCCACUCAGCAGAAGAUGGUGCCCCUGCCCUUCGGAGAGCACCCCCAGCAAGAGUACGGCAUGGGCCCUCGGCCCUUUCUCCCCAUGUCUCAGGGUCCCGGCAGCGGCGGCGGCCUGCGGAAUCUCAGAGAACCCCUUGGGCCCGACCAAAGGACUAACAGCCGGCUCAGUCACAUGCCACCACUACCUCUCAACCCUCCCAACAACCCCACUAGCCUCAACACAGCUCCUCCAGUGCAACGCGGCCUGGGGCGCAAGCCCUUGGAUAUAUCCGUGACAGGCGGCCAGGUGCACUCCCCCGGCAUCAACCCUCUGAAGUCUCCCACCAUGCGCCAGGUCCAGUCGCCCAUGCUGGGCUCCCCCUCGGGGAACCUCAAGUCCCCUCAGACUCCAUCACAGCUGGCAGGCAUGCUGGCAGGCCCAGCUGCUGCUGCUUCCAUUAAAUCCCCGCCUGUCCUGGGGUCUGCUGCUGCUUCGCCUGUUCACCUCAAGUCUCCGUCGCUUCCUGCCCCGUCACCUGGAUGGACCUCCUCUCCGAAACCCCCCCUCCAGAGUCCUGGCAUCCCUCCCAACCAUAAAGCGCCCCUCACCAUGGCCUCCCCAGCUAUGCUGGCCAGUGUGGAGUCAGGUGGACCCCCACCUCCUGCAGCCAGCCAGCCUGCCUCUGUGAAUCUCCCCGGAAGUCUGCCCUCUAGCACACCUUACACCAUGCCUCCAGAGCCUACCCUCUCCCAGAACCCACUCUCAAUUAUGAUGUCUCGAAUGUCUAAGUUCGCAAUGCCCAGUUCUACCCCACUGUAUCACGAUGCCAUCAAGACUGUGGCCAGCUCAGAUGAUGACUCCCCUCCAGCUCGUUCUCCCAACUUGCCAUCAAUGAAUAACAUGCCAGGAAUGGGCAUUAACACACAAAAUCCUCGAAUUUCAGGUCCAAAUCCCGUGGUUCCAAUGCCAACCCUCAGCCCAAUGGGAAUGACCCAGCCACUCUCUCACUCCAAUCAGAUGCCCUCUCCAAAUGCCAUGGGACCCAACAUACCUCCUCAUGGGGUCCCAAUGGGGCCUGGCUUGAUGUCACACAAUCCUAUCAUAGGGCAUGGGUCCCAGGAGCCUCCAAUGGUACCUCAAGGACGGAUGGGUUUCCCCCAGGGCUUCCCUCCAGUGCAGUCUCCUCCUCAGCAGGUCCCCUUCCCUCACAAUGGCCCCAGCGGUGGGCAGGGCAGCUUCCCAGGAGGCAUGGGUUUCCCCGGAGAAGGCCCCCUGGGCCGCCCUGGCAACCUGCCCCAAAGUUCAGCCGAUGCAGCACUUUGCAAGCCUGGAGGCCCAGGAGGUCCCGACUCCUUCGCCGUCCUGGGGAACAACAUGCCUUCAGUGUUUACAGAUCCAGAUCUGCAGGAGGUCAUCCGACCUGGAGCCACCGGAAUACCUGAAUUUGACCUGUCUCGAAUUAUUCCCUCGGAGAAGCCGAGCCAGACACUGCAAUACUUCCCACGAGGGGAGGUCCCAGGCCGCAAACAGCCCCAGGGCCCUGGACCUGGGUUCUCGCACAUGCAGGGGAUGAUGGGGGAGCAGGCCCCCAGGAUGGGACUAGCGUUACCUGGCAUGGGCGGGCCAGGGCCAGUGGGGACUCCGGACAUACCUCUCGCCACAGCUCCUUCCAUGCCUGGUCACAACCCAAUGAGACCACCAGCCUUUCUCCAGCAAGGCAUGAUGGGACCUCACCAUCGGAUGAUGUCACCAGCACAAUCCACAAUGCCCGGCCAACCCACCCUGAUGAGCAACCCGGCUGCCGCUGUGGGCAUGAUUCCUGGCAAGGACCGAGGGCCGGCUGGGCUCUACACCCACCCUGGGCCCGUGGGCUCUCCAGGCAUGAUGAUGUCCAUGCAGGGCAUGAUGGGACCCCAACAGAACAUCAUGAUCCCCCCACAGAUGAGGCCCCGGGGCAUGGCCGCUGAUGUGGGCCUUGGUGGCUUCAGCCAAGGCCCCGGCAACCCGGGAAACAUGAUGUUUUAAGCUGCUACGGUCGGAUGCACCGACCCCUGUCGAGAUGAGAUUCCAGGUCCUGGGAGCUGCCAGGAGGGUGUUCCGGGAACCCUGCCAUUUGGUCAUGCAAUAGAGCAGAGACCUGUGGGCUGCUCUGGGGGAGGGGGGAACUCGAGAAUGUAUGGAUUUACCUGAAAACAAAUCAUCCAUGUAAUCAACAGAUGUGUUCAAUUUUUUGUGUUUUUUUUUUUUAAGAUUUAUUUUUGAAAGAUUAUUUUUGUGGACUUGGGUACCCCUCGGUGGCACUGGGGUCUGUCACCGAGCUUUGAGAAUCGCCAUGGUCACAUGUUGCACCGUUUCUCUCUGUAUGUUUACGUCCUCUGGACUGGCUUCUCCCAGGAUUCUUUUCUGGUUUCGUGUUGUUUUUUUUUUUUACUUUGGGCUUUGUUAAUUUUUUCUUCUGUGUGUGUGUGUGUGUGUGUGUGUGUGUGUGUGUGUGUGUGUGUACACUGUACUAUAUUGUAAAAGGGAUUUUUAGCAGAGACUUUAGUCUUUGGGACAAGAGGAGAACAGGAAUGCUGGGCUGUUUACCUUAGGUGGAGAAUCCAUCUUCAGACCUUUGGACUAUUUUUCUUUUCAACUCCAGUGUAUAGAAAAAAAAAAAAAAAACCAAA